AUGUCUCAUUCUUCCAUAUGGUUUGUUCACAAAGAAGUUGGAAGUAUCAUUGGUAAACGCGGUGAUCAUAUUAAAUUAAUUCGUGAUCAGUCUGGUGCAAAAAUUAACAUAUCAGAUGGUUCAUGUCCCGAACGUAUUGUUACAAUUACGGGUAGUACCGGGACAAUCAAUAAAGCAUUUAUCAUGAUCUGUGCAAAAUUACAACAGGAUUUACAAGCACUUCCAAAUAGCAUUCCAAAACCGCCCAUAACAAUGCGCUUAAUAGUGCCUGCAACACAAUGUGGAUGUAUCAUUGGUAAAGGUGGCUCAAAAAUUAAAGAAAUUCGUGAGGCGACAGGUGCAUCAAUACAAGUAGCAAGCGAAAUGCUUCCAAGUUCAACCGAACGUGCUGUGACAAUUUCUGGAAGUGCUGAUUCUAUCGUAGAUUGCAUGCGAAAUAUAUGUCAAAUUUUAUUAGAAGCACCAGCAAAAGGUAAUACAUUACCUUAUCGUCCCAAACCAACCUUUAAUCCAACCUUAUUAGCUAACUCAGCUGCAGCUGCAGCAGCUUCAUUGCUACAACAACAACAGCAACAGCAACAACAACAACAACAACAACAACAACAACCUUAUCCAACAUUAAUUAACCCCUUGGAUGUUACAAAGUUUCUUUCUUCAACUUUUCAUGUUUUAUUUAAAUUUCAUUAA